AUGGUUGCUUCAAGGAAGGAAGAGGACGGCGACCGUGGCUCCAAAGAAGGAAGAUGCCAAGAUGGUGGCUUCGGUUUAUUUUCAAAACCGGGUAUUAAGUCCAAUGAUUUGGUCUGGUGGUCGGUUGCAACGGUUUUAACUCCAAUUGCUGCCAAAAUCGGACUUCCUUUCUUACUUGUCAUGUGUGCCUUCAUGGGAAUUGGCGAGAUUAUUUCUGCUUUGAGAAAUGAACAUGGAGUUUUUCAGUGUCGUGGACCAUUCGAUAGCGAACAAGAGAUUUAUGGGGAUCUUGAGUCUAGAAAUCCAUCAAUGAUGUUACUCUAUGUGACACCAGAAUUGAUUGCCACAAUAGGAUUUAUGUUGAAGCUAACAAAACUUCAUUCUAGAGGGUUAUUGAAUCUGAUAGCUAUAGAUGAGGCACAUUGCAGUUCAACAUGGGGCCAUGAUUUUAGGCUUUUCAUAAUCAGGCCUAGCUACAGAAAGUUAGCUUUUUUGAGGAAACGCCUGCCAGAUGUACCACUAUUAGCAUUGACAGCUACUGCUGUUCCCAAGCAGAUACAGGAUGCUUUCAGUUGGGAGAAAGUAAAAACUUCUACUCCAACAUCCGAGGCUCCAUUAGUAAGAGUCUGGGAUUGUGAUUCACGUAUUGCUGAAACAGUGAAAGUUCUAAGAAGAUAUAUAAAGAUAGAUGCAGAACUUCGUUCACUUGUGGACAAAAAUGAAAUCAUAUCUGAGGUGGCAAGACAGAUUGGAGUGUGUAUUGAGCCUGAAAACUUGCAAUUGGAGUCUCCUUUGUCAAGUUUAGGGGAGUUUGAGCCCCUUUUAAGGAAAAUGGAAGAAAUAAAUAAAAUUAUAAGAGAACUAUGGCAGCAAACAUACAGAGGGCAGGAUAUUGAUUACAUUAGUAUCCAUUACGAUGUUGAAUGUGGUGCUACAAGGUCUUAUAGUUACGAGGUUGUUAUGCAAGCUGGUGAUACUGAGCUUGAAAUGCGAGAAGGUGCAGUGCAGGUCAAAAAGGUGUGUCAUCAUCUCUAA